GUACACAAAUCCAUGACGACAAAAUUAAGCUCUGUGUUUUUCUACAAUUUUUUGAUUGGGCAACUUCAUAAUUUAUGGGCGACUUCAAAACGUAAUAAAUCGGUGUUUCCUUGGAAAUAAUAUUGAUGUUUCGUAAAAUUAGAAGAAAUACUAAAGAAUGGAAAUAGUUUUGUGCAACCUUCGGAUACGGAGUUAUUCCAAGGAAUUUUAAAUCGUCCAACAACAAAAAAUGUUGACACCGAAUACGAAUAUGUGUCCAAGUUACCGUGGCAAUGGAUGCUAAAGACUUGAGGACCGAGUCUGCUGUGAGUGAACGCAAUAAUGACGGCAGCAAGUACUCUCAAAGCGGCGGCAUCGCGCUCCACUGUGACAGAAAUAAGUCAUAUCAAGAUAUCGGAUCUAACUCAUUGGGCAAAGUGGAUGUACCGAACGCACGGCCAUGCGCCGUCAUAGGACCCGACCGAGUCGUGCCUCCGCCCGACGCGAGCGAGGCGUAUCAUAUAAAGAAAGGUGUCGCGGAGCCAUGGCCAUGCAUGGACAACACGUAUCGACGACCACCCGAAUACCCCCAUAAAUUAACUAGUUUCCAAAACCCAACAAGGAACAUAUCACCAAGACAAACAUUCCAGGAAAAUAUGCAGCGUAUUAUGGUGCCCCCAACAUACAACUCUAUUAAAAUAAAUGAAGACACCAAUAACUAUGCUCAACUAUCAGAUAGGAGUAACGGUCUAUCUAAGAAUAUCAAGCUAAACAUGCCACCGGAGGCAAAGUUCUGUGAUGUGCCUUAUUCUGUUAAUCCAAAUAAUAAUGAACAUAAAAAUGUUAGGAACCCUGAAAUGUGUUUACCUAGUGUGAAUCCAAAUCUUAACCGGACUGCUCCGCAUGGGUGGCCUCCGGGCAGUGUUAAUUUGCGUUCCACGAGGAUGUAUGGUGCUCCUGAACUGUACCAAUAUCAAGAUUAUCCUAGCUGUGCUGGUCCUCGACCAGUAGUGCCCAGACCUCAUAGGACUGUUGCUGAAGAACAGGGCUAUGUUUAUGCUGAUCCAUAUUAUCAAGAAGGAAACAUUCGCUUCAAGCCUUACCCAAGUGUCAAGGAGAGGUAUCCCCAGCAAAGGUAUGAAUACAUUGGUAAUUAUUCAAAUCCAUUCCAUCCACCACCUGGUUUUCCGCCUCAUAAAUAUGAGUUGCAGAAAUCCAUUCCUCCACACCCCUAUCCCCCAUACCCUCCUAUCAAGUACCUGGACAGUCGAGUUGCUGAUCCUGUCAUGGAGGGAUAUCAGAGAUCUCCUCAAGGUAACUACAAUAUACAAUAUCGUAAUCAAGUAAUCCAUCCAAAUUAUGGACCAGUAAUGGGAAAUUGUCCCCAAAACAAAAUGCAUUCAUACCCACCCGAUGCUCAUAUGAAGUCAGUCCCUCCUAACAAACUACCUUAUGAUCCAAAUGCAAAGGCUUAUAUUGAAUAUGACAACAACCGACCCAAAAUUUACCCACCUUCUGAAAGCUAUUUUGUUAAUGAAAUGUCAAGAAUGCCUGUAAAAAGUCAUGUAAUUAUGCCUAAUUAUCCCAAUUUAAAUAUGCAUAACAUUCCAAACAAUCCAUAUUUAAAAAAAGAUGGUCAACAAAUAAAAAAUUAUGACCAUAUGGCUCAUUAUAGAAGUAUAGACCCUAAUUUAAAUGUUCAUAACCCCAUGUCGAGGCAUGCACCUGUGUUUUCACCCAACACAAUAGCUAUAUCGCCUACUGAUUCUAACACCAGCAAUGAUACCACACAAACUCUGGGAACUUCCCAGGAAGACUGUGGCUAUGUGAGCCAAUCCUCUUCUGCAAGUGUAAGAAGCAUUGAUUCCGGCAUAAACAGAAUACCAAAUGAAUACCUAAGAAAAUAUUAUGAUAAUAGAUAUGGACCAAUAGUAAGAACACCACCUAUGAUGACAAAGUCACAAUUAAAUUCCAAUAAUAAUAAAUCAUCCAAGGACAAAAAGCAAAUAGAUGUAAGACAGUUCUUACAAAUGUGGAACGAAGGCGAUGAAGAGCAAGAAGAAAAUGCCUCUAAAGAAAUAAUCGUACAGGCAAGUUCAAAUGAUAAAAAUAAUUUUGGAAAGAAACAUGAAGCAAUGAAUAACCAAGAACAACUUUAUGUGCUUGGUUUAGUAAAUGUUCCAAGUGAAGAACUUGCAAAAUAUGAACAUAUCCAAAAAGUUUCUAAACUACCUGAAAAUAUCAAAGGAUAUAAUAGCAUUGAAUUGCUCAAUCAGUUUGAAGAGGUGAUAGAAUCAUCAAAUAUGAAUAAUUACAAAAACCCUCAGAAAGAGUACCAUAUGUUAAUGAAAGGGGGACAUCAAAAACAGUUAACAGGUGUCAUACCCCCCAGGCCAGUGUCGCCUCUAGAUGUUGAAGCUAAAAUAAGUCAAUCUGUUAUUCACAAGGAAGUUGGGUGUAAUUUUGAAAUUAAACCUUGUAGUCCUAAAAUGCUCAAUGUUGAAGUUGCAGCUCCAGUCCAAAAUAUUUUAUCUGAGAGAUCAAUAGAAAAAGUUGCUAAUCCAGUUAUGUUAAAAUCACCCAUGUUAAGUGGUAUGAAUGAAAACAUUGACUGUAAUAUUAUGAAGAGAUCAGAUCAUCAUAUAAAUAUCAGUGAAAAUGUGAGGAUUCCAAGCUGCAAGAUGAUUAACACUCAGUUUUCUAGUAGCAAUACUAUGGAUAAUAUCAAGAGUAGCUACAGUUUGCAAGAUUUAGAAAGUAACUCAGGUUUAUGUCUUGCUUCACUACCGAGACUUGAUAAUGAUAUCGAGUUAAACUUUCCUGAGGUAAAUCAACAGUUUAUUAAUGCAAAUAAAGGAGAUAAUACAAUUAUGUCCAACACUAUUAGAGACUUGCCGUCAUUAGAAGUAUUGGACCAUUCAGACAAUCAAAUCAAAGGCAAAUUUGAUCAUAUAAAUCCACCCAAGCCUGAAGUUGAUGUUGAUAAAUCGCCAUGUAUGGUUGAUUCAGAAAAAGAGUUCUCUAAAUUAAGUAAAUACCGUAAAAGUAAAACGAAUAUUGUAGACCCUAGAGAAACUCAACUGCAGCAUAAUGUAAAUCCUAUCAGAACGGACAGUGUUAUCAUAAAAAAUCCGGAUAACAUCAAGAAUUAUGAAGAAUCGACAGAUUUUUCAUCACACAGCUUAGAAAAAGUAAUUACAGAAAUCCAGCAAGAUCCAAUAAAUUUGACCUCACAAGGAACUCUACUGGGUGAGACGGAACACUCGUCUGAACUCAUUAAAUCACACAAUGCAAUUGAAGAGAAGUUGCCUGUUGAGAUUGCGAUAGACUUCAGCUUAAAUAAGCCGGGGAUUUUAACUAGUACACACUCUGCGGAAUCAGCAAAAUUAGUAUCACCAACUGAUGAUAAUUCAUUUCCUUUAAUAAACCGAGACGAUUCAUCAGAUUCCGUCAGUUUACUACCCGUAUUAAGUGAACAAAAUGACAUUUCUUCUAGCUUUGAUAAUAACAAUGCACAGUCUAGUUCAGACGAUGAAAAGCAAAGUGAGAGUCAAUCAGAGAUAACUACUGGCCCUGACGAAAUUGUAAAUCGAACCGAAAAUACCGAAAUAAUUUCACAAAGUAAUGAGGAAUUGGAAAAAAAUUGCGAGAGCAAUUGUGACCAAAAUUGUGUUUCUGACCGUGAUAAUAGACCAGAGGAGAUGAUUGUAGAUAGCAAUAAUACAGUAUUAGUUUCAAAACCAGAAAUACAAGAAAAAGAAGUUUCAAGUGACAUCAAUAAUGAUAAUUUAGAAAAAGAAAUAGACCGUAUUGAAAAUGUAUCAAAGGAAUUAGCAGAAGAAUCAACUUUGCCUGAUAAUAACUACGAAGUUUCACAUCCCGUAGUUUACCCAGAAAACACUUGUAAAAUGGAUACUACUGAAAGUACAAUAAGUGCUAGUGUAGGCGAAGAUAUUGUUGAAGACCGCCAUUUAGACGAGAAGUUAGAUUCCCCUGCACGUACAAUUAUUGAAUCUGAAAUUGUCUCUCCGGAAGUUUUUAAUGCAAAAGAAACCAACGAUUCCGUGAUAACAGAACUAGCCCAUACAAAAAAUAAUGAUGACGAAAUUGCACUUUCAACUAAUGAAGUUGACUUUGAAACUUCCGAUUUAAUAAAACCACAAACAGCUGAUUCAGAAACGCAUAUAUUUUGCAACGAUUACACCAUGGAUGCCACAAUUGAUAGAGUUGAAGAUGACAGUAGCAGCUCGCUCUCGGAUAGUGAUAUGGAUUUAAGGGAUUUUGAAGAGGAAUAUUACAAAGGUACAGAUAAUACCUCAGGACUGUUAAAUUCAGAACAAUGCAAUCUUGAUAAUCCUAUCAAUGAAGAACUGAAAUUCUUAAAUGAAAAGCCAGUCAGCCGAAAUCGGUUUUGGAAUAAGCAAAUGUAUUCACCUUGGAUUCAAAAAUUAGUAAUGUUUUCUGAAGGCAGUUGUGGUAAUGUUUCAGUUGAAAACGAUAUUGAGGAUACCAACAAUGAAUUUGUCGAUAGUACUGAAAUAUUAAACACAACAAUUGAAAGUAAUGAAAGUCGUAAGGCUUCCGAUUGUGAGUUGGAUACGGAAGACAAUGAACAGGAAAAAAAAUCUUACGAAACUAUAUCAGCAGAUAAUCCUGCAAAUUUUGAACAGGAAACAACAAAUGUCAAUGUCAUUAGCACAUCUCAUGUAGUUAACAGUAUUGAAGAAACUGUGACAUUCAAUGAAGAGGUUGAGUGCGAGGAUAGUAAUAUAAUAGAAGAAAUGUCUUUACAAAAUGAACCAUUAGUGAACGAAAUGGUUGAAAUGGCUUCUCCAAGCAAUCGUGCUCUAACAAAUGAUCUCAACGAAAACAAUGCCAUCAAUUCAUCUUUUGAAUGUGCACCAAGUAGCCCCGAAAAUACUAGCAACAUUUCAGAAACGGAUCUCAAUGUUGGUGUUGAAAAUAUAUGUGAAGUUCCUGAAACCUCCAACUUAAAAGAACCUUAUGGUGAAUCUUUGCAAAAAGAGUCAGAGUAUGUCGAGCAGCAACCAGGAGAUAAUGAUGCAGCAUUGGCAUCACCCGCAUUUUAUGAGAAUGUUAGAAUUUCUUGCAAUCAAUCUUUCAAUAAACUACCAGCAAACGAGGCGUCUUACAAGAAAUGUCAUCGACUGAAGAGAUCAUUAUCAGAUUCUGCACUAAAUGCGUACAAUAAUGAUGAAAGUACCAAACUGGAAAAUGAAGAAAAUAUUGAAUUUAUUUGGCCAUUUAAACGCAGAAAAGUUAAUAAAGUCGAGAAUGACUUGUUAACACAAAAUCUGUGCAACAUAAUAAAUCAUAACCGACGUAACUCUGUCUCUUCGUUUUAUAAUGAAGACAACGUUUCAAUUUGUAUCCUUAUCGAUAACAGCUGUAUUAUAACUGAAGAAGAAAACGAAGAACCUGAAAAAGUGUGCUAUACGGAACUGCCUGUAGAUUGUAUAGCGGAGAUACAAAAUGACUGCAUAAAAGACGAUGAAAAUACAGAGACGCUGACGGAAAACGCGUCUAGUCCACAACAAGAGCAAGUUUGUGAUUACUCAGAUUCCUAUGUAUUAGAUAGUGAAGAAAAAACUCUAGAAGAGACUUGGGUUGAAGAUGUUGGCUGUGUAGAAACAGUUAUUAGUGACGAUGUCGCGGAAGAUAUUGAAAUUGGUGAAGCAUCUUCUCCAAAAGAUGAUGGGUUUUCUGAUAAUGAUGAGUCCGGUGUUUUUAGCAGUAGUGAACAUACCGACAAAGUUAAAUUCAUAUAUGGUGAAAAAAUGUGCAGUGACGAUGCUCUGUUCGUCGAAACCUUGUACAAAACUCCACAAAUGGAUGUAAACAGAACUUUAUAUAACAGAGAAAAUCACGUUUCCGAAGAUUAUGACAGAUAUUACGAUAAUGAUUCUUUAGAAAAGAUGUUAUCGGAGUCUCAUGAACAAGAAUUGUCACCUUAUGUUCCACAAUAUAUCGAUUCGAUGCCAGCUGAUGAUAAGGAACUCCCAGAAAAUAAAGAAAAUAUGGACAAUGAAAUAUUUCCUAAUUUCCAAAACAAAGGGAAUGCUGUAGACAUCGUUGUCGAUAUCAACGUGAAUAAAAUUGAGCGGGAAAAUAUUCAUUCAAUUGAAUUAUUUGCAAAAACUGGUGAAGAUAUUGUAAAUUCUUGUGAAUCAAGUAUCGAUGAUGUAUUUACAUAUAACCAAAAAGAAGAUGACGCUGUAUAUACGUCUAGCUCGCCAGAAGUGUCAUCAACUACAUCAGAAGAAAAGAGUUCUGGCAUAUUACUAAAAAUAACCAAUUACAAAGGUUCUAGAAUAUCGCAAAUUAAUGAUAUCAGUAGAGUAAACAAGACAUCGAGGUGUAAAUUUACUGAAGAUAAGGAAUAUCUGCAUUCCCAUGCAAACUUUUCUGCUAAUCGGCCAUUAUUGACCAAAGCAGCACAAAAAUACAUUCCACCUCUAAAAGAAUCUAUUCGAGAUCUUAAAGUCAAACUUUCGUUACCUCAACACAGCCUUAUGAAGUUAAAGCAAUUAAAAAUAUCCAAAGACGAACCAAAGGUGAAUAAACUAAAGGGCAUACCGCAAAUUCCUAAGAAACCAAAGCCUAAAUUUGAAGAUGUUCUUAAAAGUAUAGACGAAAUUCAAUUUAAAAUGCACAAGGAAAAGUCUAAAAAAACUAAAAAAUCGAUUCCUAAAGUAGUUAUUAAGAAAAACCAAAAUGGUUCACAUUACGCUAGUACUUCAAAUAAAGAUGAUUUUAACCCAGACAUGACGGGUAGAAAAUGGCAACCUUGGGUGUUUAUAGAGAAAAACCAUUUCAUUGACAAAAUGGCGACUAGGAAUAAAACAAAAGCUAUUUAUAGCCAUCGAAAAAUGACUUAUGUUUUGGCUGAAAAGUUUCAGAAAUAUAAGUCUGCGAGCAGCGCUAAGUUCGUGAUAUCGCCGCCGAUAUCAGACAACCCUUCUUCGAGCCUUAAAUACACAAUAAGAUUAAAACAUAAUUACUGAGGUAGUUUGUUUUGAGCGUCGUAGUUCCUCGGGUCUUUAUGAUGAUUAACAGCCAUAUUGGCUACUGUGUUAAUGGAUCCCACCCUAAUAAAGGUCUCGUACUAUCAUUCCUACGAUUCCAUUAUAGUUUCUUUAGUAGUUACCCGUUAGUUUAUUGUGUAGUUUGUAUAACGAAGCCAAAUUCAGUACUAAGUGUGAUAUGGAAAAGAAAGCAAAGACAUUUUAUUGUUUGAUAGUGCAAUUUGAUCUGAUCUUUAUUUUUUGUUAGUUCUUUCAAAUUUUAUUAUUAUCGUUUUACCUGCUGUGCCUGUCAUUCCAUUUUUAUUAGUGUUAUUUUAACUAUUUAUUUAAUAGAAUUGCACCUUCAAGAUUUAAGUAGCCAUAAUUUAUGAGUAUUAUCUCCGUAAAAAUAUUUGAUUCCAAAUAAUGCUGAUAUUUCUAAUAAUGUUUAUAUUUGUAGAAUAUUAGGUGAUUAUUGUAUUUCUGUUUUAUUUGUAUUGGCGGCGGAUUGUUCAUCCAAGCAUAGUUUGUAAAUAAAGUCUUGCGUGAAGAUGGGUGUGCAUACAAUCAAGGUCACCUGAAAUUUCAAUGUACUUAUGCCUAGUCUAUGAUUGGUAAUAGAAUAUCUUAUUCUGAUAUAUCUCAUAUUUUUGUGUACCUGUAUAAACAGAGUUAAUUUUUAUCACGUUUUAAAAACACUCAGUAUGUAAUAUUUCUAACAUUUCACCUCCUUCUGUCUUCCGUCGCCAAGAUUGAGAAUAUCGCUGACAUGCGUGUUUUGGUGCUUCAAUCUAAACUCGUGUGCACUAACUGAACAGGCAUCAUCGUUAUAUCGUCCGUCAUGGUCCAGCUUGCCAAAGACCAGAUUAUAUUAUAUAAACCUCCAAAGAGCGCUGUUCCAUUGGUAGAUAGAUAUAAGGCUGAUGUACUGACUUUGAUAUUUAUCUAGGCAAUGAAGUAAUCACCGUGUGGUUUUGACAAAGAUGUUAUAUUAGUGUUAGUAUGGCCAGUACCAUCGGUACUGUCAAGAUUGCUCACAUAUAUUUUAAGCACAUGUGUAAUCAUGUCUCUUAGAUAUUGAUUUGACUGCAACAUGUGUAUCUAUGCUACUGUGUAGGCGAAGUACAAAAUUUGCACACUUUUAUUAUUAAUACCAUAUAAUCUUUAACAUGUAUUUUGUUAGAAAAUGUUCGUUCAAUAUCAUUCAAUAAUUUUGUUUGUAAUGAUGUUGCAGUGAAACAACAUAGUAUAGGUAGGUAAUAAAAUUAAAGCGUGAAAUAACCAAAGCCAAUACUCAGAAAUAAUAGAUGUUGAGAAAGUGUGUACGUAGGUACUACCUUUGAGUUUAUACCUACACAGCGAAAUAAUACCAACAGACGUAUUUUUACGUCUUCUACUGAAGAGUAGACACAUCCUAAUAAACAUAAUAUAUACAUAUACUACAUAAUAUUGCUAAAAAAUUGCACCAGAAUAUUUAUCUGGAAUAUUUUCAUAUACGUACCUAGGUUGCAAAGAGUUAAUCAAUUUCAUUGUUCCAAUACCUACAGGUACAUGUUUUAUAUAUGACGGAGCGCUAGUAGCCCGGACAGUGCCUUUACAUUGUGCUGAUAUUAUACAAAUCUAAUUCAAGUAUAUCAUAUUUAAGACUACUGUUAUUGCUCCAUACGUUUUGGCCAUUUUAAACAUUUUGGAAAUAAAAUCUGUUGAUCUCAUAAACAAGGCACUCACCGAUUCAUGUUUUGCCUUAUCGUGCCUAUAAAUAUAUUUUAUUAUUAAAUACACUAUUUUGAUAUCAUGUACAGGGUGUUCAAUAAAUAUACCAAAUAUAUGUGCUUUUAAGUCCUGCAUACAUGUAUUUGCAAAGUGUUGCCUUCGUAGAUAAAAUAUUUUAGAGUUAACUAUUAGGUACAUAGAGUGUAAGUAAUUAAAAUAAUAUUUUAAAUGUUUUAAAAUUCCAUAGAGAAUGAUCGGUUAUACUGUUUAAUUAAUUUAUUUAUAGAUGAUAAUAUAUUGUAUGAAAAAUGGUAAUUUUAAGUAUUAAUUUAAGUUUUAUGGAUAAUAAAUGUACAAAGGUAAAAGUUAAGAAAAGCGUUGAUUUUUGUCCACUGUAUAUUUGGACAUGCAUAACCUCAGUUGUUGUUGAGGCUGAAUAUUUACCAAAAUUAUAAUUUGCUAGUGGCACGUGCAUGUAACGACUAUAGGAGACGCAGCGCCGCAGUGCGCCCGCAGCGAGGCCGGGGGAUGCUCGGCGCUGCCUCUCGGUGACUGAUGACUGAUUACUUCACGUUCACUUAUCAAUACCAUAGAAUUUAUUUUCUUCGUAAUUUUCGAUACCUUGUAUGUUUGUUAUGCACUACUGAGUGGGUUGUUGUUUUAUUUUCCUGCACUUGUUGGCCAUUGUUAUAACUUUAAGUUAAUGGUAUAUUCUAUUGUGGUUAAAUUAUUUAAUUAAGGGUUAUGGAUUAAUUACUAUUGAUGAUUUUAAUAAUUAGAUAUUUGUUUGUCGUUUAAAUGUUAAUGCAUAUCUUCUUAUGCCAGUAACGCACGUGAUAAUGUAUGGUGAUAGACGUAAUAUUGGACACACUUACUCUAAAACUGAGUGUUUAUAAACUGAAGUGUGACACAUUAUACUGUUAAUUAAUGGGAUGUUAUGUAUUACGUUUUCGAGUGGUACCUAGUUUUGAAAUUGUUCUAUAAUUGACCAAAAUAAAUGUGUUCGCAGUAAUAUAA